CUAUACUUCAAAUCCGUACUGUUCCAUGCAAAGCCAAGGCGUCGUUGGCCGCACGGCCCGCUUCCUAACUUGUCCGGUUCGUCUCAGGCUGGGUAACACCAAGCGUCACAAGAGUAACAACAAAAUGCUUCAGGACUGCAACAUUCGGUGUGCAGCUUCUGGCCUCAGUCUCUCUCAUGCUCGUACCAACCAGCUUGUGGAUGACGCUGUUGUUUGGGCGAACCAGCAUGGCCUGGUGGUGGCCCUGAAGGACCCCGCCUUCGUCAACCCCGAGCUAGCUGUCAUACACGCGCCGCUGGCGCUGACGCCCGUGCCGUACCCGCGCACCCGCUUCGAGCUAGCGCAGCAGGUCAUGCCGCUCUUCAACUCCCUGAUCGACGCGGUAGCCUCCGACGAGGCCUACCUGGAGACCGUGCUGCGCCCCGCAGCACAGCACGACGCCUUCACCGCGCGCCUGCUGCGCGUGCUGUGCGCCAGCCGGGGGCGGCGUGCUGCGCUGCGUGCUGCGGGGCGCGAGGUGGUGCUGGGGGUGCACCGCUCGGAUUACAUGCUGGACCAGCCCAGCGGGACGUUCCUGCAGGUCGAGCUCAACACCAUCGCCUCCUCCUUCGGCUGCCUGUCCGCCCUCAUGACCCGCCUGCACGCCUACAUGGCCAGCAGGGCGGGGGGACUGGACGCCUCCCGCCUGCCCGCCAACCCCGCGCUGGAACACAUCCCGGACGCCCUGGCCGCCGCGGCGGCCGCCAGCGGUCACGUGGAGGCGGGCGGUGUGGUGGUGAUGGUGGUGCAGCCGGGGGAGAGGAACGCGUACGACCAACAGUGGAUCCAGCUGCAGCUGUGGGAGCGGCACCGGCUGCGCACGCUGCGGCUCACGCUGGCGGACAUUGCAGCGGGCGCGGUGGUUGAUGAGGCCAGCGGCACCCUGAGGCUGGGGGGGGAGGAGGGGCAGCCGCCCGUGUGUGUGUUUUAUUUCAGGGCCGGCUACACGCCCAGCGACUACCCCAGCGAGGUCGAGUGGGCUGCCCGGGAGCUGAUCGAGGCCAGCAACGCAGCCAAGUGCCCCACCGUGGCAUACCAGCUAGCAGGCACUAAAAAGGUGCAGCAGGACCUGGCGGCCCCCGGCGUGUUGGAACGCUUCACGACCGACCCACGGGACGCUGCGCUGCUGCGGGAGUUCUUCGCGGGUCUCUGGUCGCUGGAUCCGGUCGAUCUGGCGGCGGACGGGGCGGCGGCGACGGCGGUGGCAGAUGCGCUGCAGCGACCCGAGGCGUAUGUGCUGAAACCGCAGCGUGAGGGUGGCGGCAACAACCUUUAUGGUGAGGAGCUCCGUGCCGCGUUGCAGGCGGGAGGCGAGCAGCUGAGCGCCUUCAUCCUCAUGCAGCGCAUCCUGCCGCCGGUCAACAAGUCCGUGCUGGUCCGGAACGGGCGGUGGCAGGAGGCGGAGACGCUCAGCGAGCUGGGGAUAUACGGCACCUUCGUACGGCACGGCGAUGAAGUGAUCCUAAACAAGCAGAGCGGCCAUCUGGUGCGCACCAAGACGUCCUCCUCCAACGAGGGAGGCGUGGCAGCAGGGUUCGCCGUACUGGACAGCCCCUACCUGGUGGAUUAGGUGCGGCUAGGACUAGGGCUUGUACGACAGCGGUGUGAUGGGCUGUAGCGCAAGAAGCAUGUGAAGUAAAAGCUUGGCUUUUUAUGAAUUGAAGCAAAAAAAGCGCGUAGGAACGUGCGUGCUAAACAUUAACCCGUUCCUAGCGAACGGUAACAUGAGGUAUCUUGAUUCUUAAUCUUGUAUAAUGUUCUUUCCCUUAUGAACUUCUCUUGAACGAAUGGGAUUCACGAGGCCGAGCGGGAUGCUUGCAUGUCAGCUUUUGUUUCUUUUACAGCAGCUAGGUAUAGGGGUGACGAUGAGUGACACAAUCCGCAUCAAAGGGCGGCAUCCCGUGAUUGCGUGUGUGUGUUUAUUGGGAAUGUACGGACUCUACGAACGGCUGCUUUCUAGGUUUGGUGGAAUGGGUCCCUGGGUCCCCCUGGGUCCUGGGCUCACACUUAUGAUGGAGUGGCACAUGGAUGCAUGGCCGCUACAGGGGCUUGGUUCCCCUGAAUCCCAAGGUCCUGGGCUCACACUUAUGAUGGAGUGGCACAUGGAUGCAUGGCCGUUACGGUGGGUUAGUUCCCCUGCUUCCCAAGGGAUACAGUGCUUCCCAACAGUGGACGAGAACAUGCUGGCAGGGGCAUGCCGCAGGCUGUGGGCGGGGCAUGUGUUAUAGAACCUGGCCGCGAGUAGGAACGUACUGGAUGGUCGGAAGAUGAUGUCCCCACCAAAACGGUGGGGACCAAAACGGUGGUGAUUUACAGUCACCGGCUGUGUGAGAGCGUGGCUUCUGGUGUUGUAAUGAAUUUGGCUGCCUGUAAAGGGAGUCCUGUUGAACUUGGGUCUAUACAAUUUGUCGCCGGUGAAGACGUCAAGAGGC